GUGCCCGUCCGCACUGCAGCCACUCCGCUCCAGAGAUUUCACAACUCCCGGAUUAGACGAGAUUGAUGACGGCGACGCAUCCAUCACCACUCUAUUUACGUAUUUUUAUUGUUGUCAUCGCAUCGUAAUAUUAUUGUUAUCGAUUUGCCGUGCGUGUCGCAUCUCGUUCGUUUCGCAUAUAAUAAACGACAAUUACGCACACGGUACUCGUUUACAGAUAUUACAGCUAAUCCUACGGCGUGAUCUUGAUACAUUAUUUUCGUUGUUGACUGUUUUUAAUUAGUAUUAAAAACAGUGUCACACACUACAUUUGUCAUGGUCGAUGAGACAAAGUGCAGUUCGGUCGAAGACGGUACGACGUCUGAUGAAGACCGCGACGUACGCGUGGACUCAGGCGGUUCUGACGAGGAAUUGUGCAUGGACGAAGAAGACGAAGACGACGUGUCACCCACUUCGGCGCCCGGUGCCCUUACGUUUGGCAUAUCGCGUCUGUUGGGCGGCGGUGGCGGAGACUCGCCCGGUAAGCGAUCGGUGGCCACCAGCGUAGCCGCCACCGUGUCGGGUCCGGCCGAAGCCCUAGCCUCGUUGUACGCAGCUGGCCACCACGCAGCCGUUUUUGGGUUACACCAUCUUCACCAACAGCACCAACACCACCAACUUAUGGCCGGCAAGCCGGACGACAAAUUCCUCCAGUACUCGGGCGCCGCGGGCGUCAUCAAAGUACCCGCUCACCGACCUCUCCCCAACAGUGGCUCACCCGGGUCUCUACCGUCUCCUUGGGCUGCCGCCGCCAUGGAUCCCGUGUCCUUUAUGCAGCGCAACGCUUUCCUAUUUGCCGCCGACAAGAACCGACUGGCAGCGGGGUGUGCAGGAGGACUUCUCGGUGCCCGACGCAUAGGUCAUCCGUACCAGAACAGAACGCCUCCUAAACGGAAAAAGCCCCGGACGUCAUUCACUCGCAGCCAGAUAUCACAGCUGGAAGAGAAGUUCAACAAGCACAGGUACCUGUCAUCCGUGGACCGAGCGGCACUUGCAAAGUCUUUAAAAAUGACAGACGCACAGGUUAAGACGUGGUUUCAAAACAGACGCACCAAAUGGAGACGUCACAUGAUGGAAGAACGGGAAGCUCAGCGACAGAUGGCAACGAAAAUGAUGCAGUCUAUGAUGGACGACCGAGACGGCGGCGUGCGGCUAGGCGCCUUACAGGGCCUACAGGCUUGGUCACCCGCGGCCAUGUCGCCCGGCGGCGGCAGCGGAUCCGGCGGUCCCACAAUGGUGCAGGCCCCUCAGCCGCCACCUGGGCACUUUUCCCUGUCCCAGGCGCCGAUCGCUUCGCCCAUGUGUUAAAGCACCGACCCAGGCCUUAAGAACCGGUAGUCGAGACCUUAAAGGCGCAUGUAAACUAGACAUAUCGAGUUUUUCUAAUACAGCUAUUUAUCUUAUUACAUUGUGUAUUAUGUAAAAAAAAAAUAAACUUAUUUGUACAUAUUAUUAUGUUUGUAAACCGCGGUAUACAUUAUGUGUGAUAGUAAUAUUUAGUCAUUUCGUGUAUAGAAAUAAAAUGUUUUUUUUUUUUUUAAUGAAAGGAACAAAGUUCUAAAUUAUGACGUAUUUGUCGUACCUCUAAAUUAUUUGUCGUUAUGUAAGAAAAUACUGGUUAUAAUUUAUAAAAUAUAGAGACAAUUCCCUCAAUGGUUUUUUUUUAUUAUUAUUAUUGAAAAUGUUAUAACGUUAAACAACGUGUGUGUACAGAAUUUUUUUCCAUUUCUGAAAAAUAUAAAACUAAAUAUAAUAUUUAUCAUGUACAGUUUUCACGAGUAGAUAUUAUAAAACAUUAUACCUAAGUAUCUAACAUGUUUUUGGAUAUAAUCAUUCUUGUGUGUAUAAUUUUUUUUUAAUAAUUAUUAAGAAUAUAAUGAGUAUUAAACGUCACUUACACGGUUAUGUGUUUGGCGAACCAUAAAAGGUGUUUUAACUUUAACGUUGUAUUAAUUAAUUACAUGUAAGUUCUAAGUGAAGACUCAGUUGAAAAACUAAACAGCUUGAGACAUCCUAUACUUUAAAAUAUAUGCUUAAAUUGUGUGUGCAAUGUUAGAUAUUAUAGCUGUUGUUGUACGACCAAGAGCAUUUGUUUUUGUUUAUAAAGAAUAAAAAUAAGUUUUAUUAUAAUAUAAAUGCUUUUUGCUGUCGUUGACUAAGAUUAGGAAAGUUUAUACUUUACAUCAUUAUAUUAUAUAUUUGUUACAAAACAGCGCCUACCUAUUCUUUUCCCACUGAUUAUAUUAAAAACAUUAAAACGUCACAAACUGCUUAUAAUAUGAUAUA